GACCGUGUGUAGUCCUUCCCGAUCCAGUAGGUGGCAGGAAAGGCGCCUCCGUCCCGGUUCAUUGCGCAGUUCAGUCUGAUGAAGAAGAAGAAGAAGAGAAUCUAGGCGUCCCCCUCCUGCGUGCUGCUAGUUAACACGACUGCUAUCUACCCACCACUGAACACUAAAACACCAGUCAUGGCUGCCGAGCCCAACUAUCGUCGGACAAAACCGGGUGUUAGAUCAACUCAACAAUCAGCUUCAAAUGGAGCUGCUGGACCUACAUCACAGAUUCCAGGUUUGUCUCAGACUGCUGACAUCACUCCUGAAGAAAGAACUAAAGGACGCCGUGUAGGAAUUCAGGCCUCUGACUCGGAUUAUGUUAAACUUGCAAAACAAGGAGGACAGAAGGGUUUGCUGCGGCAUGAUGAUCCUGUGGAAGCAAAACCUAAUACCUACAAACCCUCUAACUGGUUCUCUGGCUCACCUGAUGAUGAGGAGGAGAGCAGAAGUAAAGCAACUACCCCUGAUGGAAUCAGCAAGAGUGAGUCUAAAGGGGCCUUACAGCAACUGGAGCCCCCAUUUGGAACUGAUAACUGUUCAGCCUGGGACAGGGAUUCUGAUAAAGACAAGAAUGCCAGCCAUGCCACAUCAGAGAUGCAGAAACUCUCCCUGAGCCAAAAAGAUAUUGACGAGGCCAACAAGUUCAAAAAGACUUCCCAUGAUAAGAAGAAGGCAGCUCCAGUUAGCAUGUCCAAACUUCUAAGCUUUGGCUAUGCCCAGGAUGAGAAUAAAUCUCCCAAUGAUGAUGAUGCUUCAAGCAUUACCUCUGAGCAGACAAGCACCAUUGCACCAGAGGAUGAAUUGGAAUAAAAGACGAUGCCCCCCAAAACCCUUCUUCAUGAAUUGUUGUUCUCUUGUAUCCAAUAGCUCCUCUGCAUCAACCAUUCACUCUGCUUUACGCAAAAACACUUUUUUUCUUAAUUGACUAGUUUGUGUCAGGCUCACAUAUUUAUGGUGCUUGUGAUCAGGAUAACUGUAACCCUAGAAGGAAGGAAGUCGUUAAAUGAAAACUACAGUUUAUGUGCACCACAAAAUACAUCUUAAGAUGCAUUGAGCAUUGAUGCCAAGGUAGAGCUGAUUUCAUGAUAUUCAGUUUCCACUUACACAUUAGUGCUCAUGGCACAAUAAUGUGCCAAAACCUUAGGAACACUAAAGAUAACACACAUGUAGGCAGAUAGGAUGUACGUACUGUAUGCCACGUUAAACAGCUCUUUCUCAACUCACAGUGUCAGUGAAUAUGACAAGUGUAAGCUGCAAACUCUUAUUAUACACUUCAGCAAAUCUCUGAUUUGAACACUAUAACACGGUAUCCUUAUGGUCCAGUAGUUAACUAGUUGAGUGCAUGGUGAGCACACAAGAAGACCACCUUACAAUGAAUGAUUACAUGAAGUAAGGAGAUGCUCUUGGGAGGGAUUUGAGAACCGGAAGAGGGUUUAAGGAGUACGUGAUUGUGAAUGUCUGUUGUUGUUAGAAUUAAUGUGAUGGUAAAUAAUAAUCUCAGUUGUUUUGGUGUUAAAUGCUGUAUAAUUUAUGUUUAUUCCUUCUAAAACGAUGUUUACACUUGCUGUCAGUUCAUGUCUAUAAAUGAUAACUGAAUAAAUUUGCAUGUGCAUGAAAA